AUGCCCCUGGGAAUGGCGGAAAAUCAGUGUGGCCAGCGUGUAGAAAUAUAUCAGGAGACAACAGAAAAUCGUUCAUUCCGGGGGUUCAGAGCGUCGGAUGGUAUAGAUUCGGAAGCACAAUAUACAUACGACAAAGACACACCUGUUGUGGCAUCCCCGACCCGCAUUCCUCGCAUAAAGCGUCAAUUAGAAUUCGCCGUUAAUUUCGAAGCAAGUUUUACAACGCGGGAGAACACAGGAAGGAUGCAGAUAGGAGCGUUCGGGCGUUCGAUAUUUCCAUUGGCACGAAACAUCAAGAUCUUUGUGCUGUGCGGAGGCCAUAGCCCCCUCCACGCCUGCGGGUCAAAACAGGGCCUAGGCGCCCUGCGUCCGGGUAUACCGGUUCUUACGCGCUCUGUUGCGUGGAUAAUGGUCUUUCCUCAGCUACUUCCUCGAGGGCAACCCUUCCUAUUACGACAAUAA